CCGCUCGCUGUAGCAAACAUGGCGGAUGGCUAACAAUUUUAAUGUUUGCAUUCAGGAUAGGGUUUUCCGAUUCUGGACAGGAAAAAUACAUGUUUAUUUUUCUAUGUGCACCCAUAGAACAAUAGAAUUGGAUAAAUUUUGUUUCCAUUGACAGUUUUUUAAAAAUAAGGGGUGAAGGACACAAACCGCAAGAAUGGGGCGACGCUCAACCUCCUCCACCAAGAGUGGAAAAUUCAUGAACCCCACUGACCAGGCCAGAAAGGAGGCCAGGAAAAGGGAGCUAAAAAAGAACAAGAAGCAGAGGAUGAUGGUGAGAGCAGCUGUGCUGAAGAUGAAGGAUCCCAGACAAAUCAUCAGAGACAUGGAGAAGCUGGAUGAGAUGGAGUUCAACCCAGUUCAGCAGCCUUUGCUGAAUGAGAAGGUAUUGAGGGAUAAGAGGAAGAAAUUACGAGAGACGUUUGAACGCAUUAUCCGGCUGUACGAGAGGGAGAAUCCUGAUACAUACAAGGAUCUGCGCAAACUGGAGCUCGAAUACGAGACCAAACGAGGACAGCUGGCGCUUUAUUUUGACUCCGUGAAGAAUGCAGAGUCAGUGGAGGUUGAUAGCAUCCCGUUACCCGACAUGCCUCACGCCCCAUCCAACAUUCACAUCCAAGAUAUUCCGUUACCAGGAGCUCAGCCUCCGUCUAUACUGAAGAAGACCUCUUUGUUUGGCAAAGGAGCUCUGUCAUCAUCUUCUGGAGUGGGGUUUGGAAAAGUACUAUGCAUGCCACGUUUACCUCCAGGGAAAAAGCCUCCAGGACCCCCACCAGGACCCCCACCUCCACAAGUCCUGGCGCUGUAUGGCAUUCCUUCUCGACAGUCUUAUGGCUCUGAAGCAGAGCCUUCCAUUCCUGGACUGGACAGGGAGCAUACCAUAGAUUUGGGAAGAGAGGACAGCAGCAGUGAAAGCGACAGGGAUCGGGAUGACAUGGACGACAACAGCGACUCUGAAGACGACAGCGAAGAAGAAAGAGACGAAGGAGCAGAUGGUGACCAGAGAGGACGUGCGGACCGGCCGGGCGAUGACAGAGAUGAGGACAGGGACAGAAGUGAAAGACAUGCUGGUCGCAGUGUACGUUUUGCAGAUAUGCCAUCGGAUGAUUCUCAUGACGCAAAAAAGAAGAAAACCAGAGUGGUGAAGAAGGCCAAGGCCAUUACUCCCCUGCAGGCUAUGAUGUUACGGAUGGCAGGUCAGUCAAUUCCUGAUGAUGAGGAAGACGAAGAAGAGGGAGAGGAAGCGUUCACAGAUGAAUCGGACGUUUCUGACACCGAGGACAGGGGCCCGCCAGGGGACACUCAGACCCAAGUAAUGGCCCCUCCGCACAUGCCCCCUCCUGCUGCGGCUGUGGGACAGCAAGGACCUCCACCUUUGCAAGGGCCACCAAUGACUGGGCCCCCUCCUCUGGGGCCACCGCCAGCUCCUCCCAUGAGACCUCCUGGUCCUCCCUCUGGCCCUCCUCCUGGCCCCCCACCAGGUGCUCCUCCAUUUUUGAGGCCGCCUGGUAUGCCCGGAGGAAUUAGAGGCCCAAUGCCACGUCUUCUGCCCCCUGGUCCUCCACCAGGUCGUCCUCCUGGUCCUCCACCGGGCCCACCUCCUGGUCUUCCACCAGGCCCUCCACCACGUGGGCCCCCUCCCAGACUACCACCUCCAGCACCACCAGGUAUGCCACCUCCUCCCCCAAGAGCAGGAGGACCCCCUCGCCCUCUUGGCCCACCACUCUCCAUGUUUCCCCCUCCUCUCAACGCCAAUGUGCUCAGUGCACCUCCCAACAUUGUUCAGAGACAAAAGGGCCCAGGAUCCAGCCAGGACGGUUCACAGUCCAACAUGCCGCCCCCUGCCAUGCCCAUGCGACCGGGGGUCAUGCAGAUGCCCCCUCCACCUGGGACAGCAGCUGCAGGCUCAAAUCCCAGUGGCCACCACGUAGCCACCAUUGAAAAACGCGCCAACAUCACUUCGGUCGCAGCUGCUGGAGGCAGCCUGGCAGCAGGCGCCGGCUCUGCAGGAGCCACCAUCUCAGCCAAACCUCAGAUCAUCAAUCCCAAGACGGAGGUGACCCGCUUCGUGCCCACGGCCCUGAGGGUGCGCAGGGACAAGAGUGGAGCCAUGCCGGGAGCAGCGCUGGGGCCACUGGACAAAACAGGGGCUGGUGCUGGAGGACGGAGGGGGGGUGAAGGUGUUGGAGGAGCCCAGUGGCAGAAACAACAAGCAGCAGCAGCUUCAAUGGGACUGGCCAACCCAUCCCAAGUGGGUGCUGUGUCUCAGCCCAGCAUGAAGACUAAAGACCAGGUUUAUGAAGCCUUUAUGAGGGAGAUGGAAGGACUGCUCUGAAACUCAGUAAAUGUUGUUCCAUAGAGAUUUUUUUGUUAUAAA